AUGAUGGCAAAAAAUUCCCUGGAAGGGUCUAAAGAAGACCUGAGCAAAAUUUCGGAAGAGGAGAUGCUGAGGUGGAGCAAGGAAGAGCUGGUGAAAAGACUGAGGAAAGUGGAGAAUGAAAAGAUGAACUUAAUGGUGGAACACGGCAACUUAAUGAAGGACGUGAACCGGCGGCUGCAGCUCCACCUGCACGAGAUCCGUGGGCUGAAGGAGGUGAACCAGAAGUUGCAGGACGACAACCAAGAGCUGAGGGAGCUCUGCUGCUUCUUGGAUGACGACCGGCAGAAAGGCAAGAAGCUGUCGAGGGAAUGGCAGCGCUUCGGGAGGCACACGGCCAGCGUGAUGUGGAAGGAGGUGGGCAUGUACCAGCAGAAGCUGAAGGACCUGGAGGCAAGGCAGGAGACCCUCCUGCGGGAGAACGUGGAGCUGAAGGAGAUGGUGCUCAUGCUGGACGAGGAGCGGAGCGGGGCCGGCUCGCGGAGCUCCAUCGACAGCCAGGCCAGCCUGACCAACCUCAACGGCGGCUCGGCCACCAGGGACGUGGGGGACGGCAGCAGCACCUCCAGCACGGGUAGCGCGGGCAGCCCCGACCACCAUCACCACCACCUCCACCACCACAAGGCUGGCGACAGCAAGGCCGGGGCCAUGCGGAGGUCUAUGGACGACCUCUCCGCGCCCCUUCACCACCGGAGCAUCCCCAACGGCCUCAAUGAUUCGUCUUCCAACUAUAUCAGGCAACUUGAAACAAAAGUGAAACUGCUGGAGGAUGACAACAAGCUUCUUUCCCAGCAGUCCAGCACGGGGGACCUGAGGACUCUGAGGAAAGGGCUGUCCCCGUACCACUCUGAGUCACAGCUCUCGUCACUGCCGCAGUAUCAAGACGCCCUGCAAAACGGACCAGCUCGCAUGACAUCUGAUCUUGCAUCUUCUCCUGCAGCAGGAUAUGUCCCUGUUGGUCAGAAACCAGAGGCUGUUGUGCAUGCUAUGAAGGUCCUUGAGGUCCAUGAAAAUUUGGACAGGCAAAUGCAAGACAACUACGAAGAAGACCUGAGUGAAAAGGAGAAGGCGAUUGUUCGCGAAAUGUGCAAUGUUGUCUGGCGAAAGCUGGGUGAUGCUGCAAGCUCCAAACCCUCCAUCAGGCAACAUCUUUCAGGAAACCAGUUCAAGGGUCCCUUGUAG